ACCAAAUCUUCUUCUUGAAAUCUCAAAGAAUCUCUCAAACUCAGUCUCAAAAUCUUUCUCUCUGCAAACUAUCAACAACCAGAUAAUUUAGAUAUGGAAGCUACUCAGAAGCAUAUGAUUCAAGAAGGAUCUUCAAUGUUUUACCAUCAACCAUCUUCAGUCAAACAAAUGGACUUAUCCGUUCAGACAUUUGAUUCUUACUGCACACUUGAGUCCUCUUCAGGCACAAAGUCUCAUCCUUGUCUUAACAACAAAAACAACUCUUCUUCAACCACAAGCUUUUCCUCUAAUGAAAGUCCUAUUUCGCAAGCCAACAACAACAACAACUUAUCGCGGUUUAACAAUCAUUCCCCUGAUGAAAACAAUAACUCUCCUUUGAGCGGUUCUUCCGCGACAAACAACAACGAGACAGAGCUUAGUCUCAUGCUUAAAGAUUUGGAGACUGCAAUGAUGGAGCCUGAUUUAGACAACAGCUUUAACCAUCAAGGCGGGUUUGGACAGCAACAUAGAGUUGUUUCUACAGCUAUGUAUAGAUCUAUGGAGAUGAUCUCUAGGGGAGAUUUAAAAGGAGUGCUCUAUGAAUGUGCUAAAGCUGUUGAAAACUAUGAUUUGGAAAUGACUGAUUGGUUGAUUUCUCAGUUACAGCAAAUGGUUUCGGUUUCUGGUGAGCCUGUUCAGCGCUUAGGAGCUUAUAUGCUUGAAGGGCUCGUUGCGAGGUUAGCUUCUUCGGGUAGCUCCAUCUAUAAAGCUUUGAGAUGCAAAGACCCUACGGGUCCUGAGCUUCUUACUUAUAUGCAUAUCUUGUAUGAAGCCUGCCCUUACUUCAAAUUCGGUUAUGAAUCUGCUAAUGGAGCUAUAGCUGAAGCUGUGAAGAACGAAAGUUUUGUGCACAUUAUCGAUUUCCAGAUUUCUCAAGGCGGUCAAUGGGUGAGUUUGAUCCGUGCUCUCGGUGCUCGACCUGGUGGACCUCCGAAAGUUAGGAUAACGGGAAUUGAUGAUCCGAGAUCAUCGUUUGCUCGACAAGGAGGACUUGAACUAGUUGGACAAAGACUCGGGAAGCUAGCGGAAAUGUGCGGUGUGCCGUUUGAGUUCCACGGAGCUGCUUUAUGCUGCACGGAAGUCGAAAUCGAGAAGCUAGGAGUUAGAAAUGGAGAAGCACUCGCGGUUAACUUCCCACUUGUUCUUCACCACAUGCCUGAUGAGAGCGUAACUGUGGAGAAUCACAGAGAUAGAUUGUUGAGAUUGGUCAAACGUUUGUCGCCAAACGUCGUGACUCUGGUCGAGCAAGAAGCGAAUACAAACACUGCGCCGUUUCUUCCCCGGUUUGUCGAGACAAUGAACCAUUACUUGGCAGUUUUCGAAUCGAUCGAUGUGAAACUCGCAAGAGAUCACAAGGAAAGGAUCAAUGUUGAGCAGCAUUGUUUGGCUAGAGAGGUUGUGAAUCUUAUAGCUUGUGAAGGUGUCGAAAGAGAAGAGAGGCACGAGCCACUAGGGAAAUGGAGGUCUCGGUUUCACAUGGCGGGGUUUAAACCGUAUCCGCUGAGCUCGUAUGUGAACGCAACAAUCAAAGGAUUGCUUGAGAGUUACUCAGAGAAGUAUACACUUGAAGAAAGAGAUGGAGCAUUGUAUUUAGGAUGGAAGAAUCAACCUCUUAUCACUUCUUGUGCUUGGAGGUAGGUAACAAAUUAAAACUUUGCUUGGUUUCAGAAAUUUCGAGAGAUUAGGAACUUCUUUUACAGUUUGCAGAAUAUGUUUGUAAAAGUAAAACUCAUGCAUGAUC